ACGGCGGCGGCGGUGGCAGAGCCCGGCGAGAAACAGCGCGGGGCCCAUGCAGGACGCGGAGAACGUGGCGGCGCCCGAGGCGGCGGCAGCGGAAGAGCGGGCCGAGCCCGCGCGGCAGCAGCCGGCCGCCGAACCGCCUCCAGAGGAGGAACUGGCAGGCUCCGGCGUUCCGGAGGCGGCGCGGACCGAGGACGCCGUAGAAGAGGCGGCGGCCGGGUCGGAGCCCGAGGUGAAGGCCGAGACGGAGGAAGCGGCGCCGUCGACCGAGCCCGCCGCCCCGGCACCGGCACCGGCCGAGGCCCCCGGGGAACCGGCGGAUGAGCAGCCCGAGGCGGCGGGCGAUCCCGAGGGCAGCGCGGCCGAGGCCGAGCCGCGGGCGGUGGAGAACGGCGAGGCUGACGAGCCCUCCUUCAGCGACCCCGAGGACUUCGUGGACGACGUGAGCGAGGAAGAAUUGCUUGGUGAUGUCCUCAAAGAGCGGCCGCAGGAGGCAGAUGGCAUUGAUUCUGUCAUUGUGGUGGACAACGUCCCUCAGGUGGGCCCUGACCGGCUGGAGAAACUCAAAAACGUCAUCCACAAAAUCUUCUCCAAGUUUGGAAAGGUCACAAAUGACUUCUACCCUGAAGAGGACGGGAAGACCAAAGGGUACAUCUUCCUGGAGUACGCGUCUCCUGCCCAUGCCGUAGAUGCUGUGAAGAAUGCUGAUGGCUACAAGCUGGACAAGCAGCACACGUUCCGGGUCAACCUCUUCACCGACUUCGACAAGUACAUGACGAUCAGUGACGAAUGGGACAUUCCAGAGAAACAGCCUUUCAAAGACCUGGGGAAUUUGCGUUACUGGCUGGAGGAGGCCGAGUGCAGAGAUCAGUACAGUGUGAUUUUUGAGAGCGGAGACCGUACGUCCAUAUUCUGGAACGACGUGAAGGACCCUGUGUCAAUUGAAGAGAGAGCGAGAUGGACAGAGACGUAUGUGCGCUGGUCCCCCAAGGGCACCUACCUGGCCACCUUCCAUCAGAGAGGCAUCGCGCUGUGGGGGGGAGAGAAAUUCAAACAGAUCCAGAGAUUCAGUCACCUGGGUGUCCAGCUCAUUGACUUCUCCCCUUGCGAACGAUACCUGGUGACCUUUAGCCCCCUGAUUGACACUCAGGAUGACCCCCAGGCCAUCAUCAUCUGGGACAUCCUUACAGGACAUAAGAAGAGAGGCUUCCACUGCGAGAGCUCAGCCCACUGGCCCAUCUUCAAGUGGAGCCACGACGGUAAAUUCUUUGCAAGAAUGACGCUUGACACCCUUAGCAUCUAUGAAACCCCGUCUAUGGGUCUUUUGGACAAGAAAAGUUUGAAGAUCUCUGGGAUCAAAGACUUUUCUUGGUCCCCUGGUGGUAACAUAAUUGCCUUCUGGGUGCCUGAGGACAAAGACAUCCCCGCCAGGGUGACCCUGAUGCAGCUCCCCAGCAGGCAGGAGAUCCGUGUGCGGAACCUGUUCAACGUUGUGGACUGCAAGCUGCACUGGCAGAAAAACGGGGACUAUCUGUGUGUCAAAGUGGACAGGACUCCAAAAGGCACCCAGGGUGUUGUUACAAAUUUUGAAAUCUUCCGAAUGAGAGAGAAGCAGGUGCCUGUGGACGUGGUUGAGAUGAAAGAAACCAUCAUAGCCUUUGCCUGGGAGCCCAACGGCAGCAAGUUUGCAGUGCUGCACGGCGAGGCCCCACGGAUCUCUGUGUCAUUCUACCACGUGAAGGACAACGGCAAGAUCGAGCUCGUCAAGAUGUUCGACAAGCAGCAGGCAAACACCAUCUUCUGGAGUCCCCAGGGCCAGUUCGUCGUGCUGGCCGGGCUGAGGAGCAUGAACGGAGCCUUAGCAUUUGUGGACACCUCGGACUGCACGGUCAUGAACAUCGCUGAGCAUUACAUGGCCUCCGAUGUCGAGUGGGACCCGACUGGGCGCUAUGUGGUCACCUCCGUGUCAUGGUGGAGCCAUAAGGUGGACAAUGCUUACUGGCUGUGGACGUUCCAGGGCCGCCUGCUGCAGAAGAACAGCAAGGAUCGCUUCUGCCAGCUGCUCUGGAGGCCGCGGCCCCCCACGCUCCUCAGCCAGGAGCAGACAAAGCAAAUCAAGAAGGAUCUGAAGAAGUACUCCAAGAUCUUUGAGCAGAAGGACCGCCUCAGCCAGUCCAAAGCUUCCAAGGAAUUGGUGGAGAGGAGGCGAACCAUGAUGGAGGAUUUCCGGAAGUACCGGAAGAUGGCCCAAGAGCUGUACAUGGAGCAGAAGAAUGAGCGGCUGGAGCUGCGCGGAGGGGUGGACACAGAUGAACUGGACAGCAAUGUGGACGACUGGGAGGAGGAGACCAUCGAGUUCUUUGUCACUGAGGAGAUCAUUCCCCUUGGGAACCAGGAGUGACUGCGCUGUGUGUCACCGUGCUGUGCCAGGCUCCCAAGUCGUCCUCCGCAGAAGCCCCAGGGGCCCGUGGCCCCCAUGCUCUCUCUGUGGACUUGGCCACACCUGGGACUCUUCCAUCCCGACAGAGUUUUGUGCCUUUAACGCCUGGUGGCCACAGCGCGGCAGUUUCAAGGCACUGCUUUCCUUUCCACACCACUGUGCAGACUUUUCGCUCCUACUGCCCAGGCAUUUCUAGGGCCUGCUGUCCCCUGAGUGGGCCAGUACCUGGUCCUUGGAUACCAGCAGGGGUCAGCACUGCUUGUGCCCAGUGCAUUCUGGGGACUGCCUGGCCAUCAGGCGUGGCCAGUUCUCCGCGUGCACGUGGAAAUAAAAGCAAACCUGU